GUUUCGUAUUGCACACUGUCCCUGCAAUUGUGCAAUUGUGGGUGUGUGUUGUGAAUGCGUGUGUAAGAGAGCGAAACAUAAAAAUUGAAAUAUUUUCGCCUCGUUUGUUUGUGAUUUCUAAUAACAAUGCCCAACAUCAAGUGAAAGUGUAAAAGUUACAACAAACGCUAUUUGAUGAAAAAUUUACAGUUAAUAGCGCCUGAAACUGCAAACUGCAAAAGAGGAAAAUCAUAAACAACUGUUUAAAUAUUGCACAAACUUUGGAUUACCCUGCACAACCAGGAAUUAAUACUCGUUGCUUGCAACUGUUGCAAAUAUAAAGUGAACUCGAAAAUAUGCUAAUUUUACAAAACUGCUCAGAGCACUCGGCGAGGGAAUGACUUAAAAUAUAUAUGUUUCAUUCAUAUUUAUACUCGAAAGUAUCGUCAUUUAUGGUACACCCCAUUGAGCGACAACAGGCAACAAUGGAGCUGAUUAUAGAACAGAUGAGAUCGCAUCCAAGGCACUAAAGGAACUGACUCAAUCAAAGUCUUAAGGCUGAACAAUCUUGCUGUGAACACUGAUCGCUGAGACACUCAAGACUUCCUACUUUCAACACUAAAAAUCUAUCUAAAAUGAACUCCGUCAUCUCAGCAUUUAAGACCAAGAAGAGCAACGCGGCCAGCCCAACAGGCGUGGCAGCUACGUCCAAUGUUGCAACCUCGGACGGCAAGGUUGGCCUAACCAUAGCCAGCGUCGGCGUCGGCGGCGGUACCAGAAAGAAGCCAGUGGUCCAGGACAAUGGCUAUCAAUAUCUCAGACAAAUCCGCGAAAUUGAGACGGCCAACAAACUGCUAUCGCCAGUUGUUGCCGUUGCCGCCGAUGAUCUAAAUGUGCGCAGCAAUUCGUUCUUAGAGAGCGGCGAUAAGCUGCACUUCCGUCCAGCAGCUGAUGCAGCUGUCGUGAGCGCAGAUGUCGUCGAUCACUGUGCACCCGCUAUGGUGCGUUUGUCCUGUGCGGAGUCAAAGUCUGACUACAACAUGAACGGCAAGGCGAAUAGCAUCGCCAGCAGCCACAGUAUGAAGGUGGCUGAGAAUGGCAACAUGGACAUUUAUGCCUUGGCGUGCGACCAACAUAGUCCGCCACUGCCGGACGACGAUGAUAAUUCAGAGCAUUCGACUGCCGCUGGCAACAGCACCAGCAGCUCCAGCGAACACAGCAACAGCACUGUGGUGCAGAGUCCAACGGUAGUGGCCGCAAACCCGCAGUCCAGCAGUCCCAAUCUAGGCAGAGAUUGCAGCCUGUCUUUGGCCAGCACGUCGUCGGUUAAUGGUGAGCCGCACUCCACAUCAAGCACCACACUCUCCUCCUUGAAUUUGGAGGAACCUCUCGUUGAGUGCACCUCAGAGAUUGAGAACGGAGUCCAGCCGCCGCUUGCUUCGCCUGUUCUAACAAAUAGUCAUGAAGAUUAUGUGCCUGCGUUUCUGAAAGCCCCGCCUAUUACCUUGCCGCUGAGCAUAGCAAACUGUAGCCUCUCCACUGGCUCAACGCCAACCAUCAAUUCGGCGGCCAGCACACCUAAGCACGUGCGGUAUUCAAAGCCGCGUCUGAGCCUGAGCCGUGGAUUCAAUCAGUCCAUGCCCUCCGUGCAUGGUCGCCCAAAUCUGAGUGUGGCACCAACUGCCGCUGGACAAAAUGGCGCCCCAACGGGCGGCCUACCACCGAAACGAAUUUCGACGCACCAAAGGAACUUGAGUUUGGAUUUCAGAUCGAUGGGCAUAAUGCUGCCACCUGUUUCUCAAGUGACCAACGCUCGCAUAAAUCACACACAACAUCAUCGCAAUCGAAGUCUCGACAGUGCCUUGCAGCGCAUACCAGAGGUCGAGAUCUCCUCGCCCAAUGCCGAGAGUGAGACUACAUUUUGUUCACCGACAACAAUACUCAGCACCAACAUGUGCUCGAGAAUCGCAACAACUGCGGCCAGUGUAACGGCCGCACUUGCCACAUCCCCGCCAAUGCCAGCUCUUACCGUUGCCCGAUGCAAUAAUGUGGUGCCCGGGUCCGGCACAGUUAUUACUGGGAGGCCAGCCAUGGACCCGCCCACAUCUGCGGUCACAGUGCACGCGCAACGGAACCAACAUGUUCCCAAUGGAGUCAUUGAAUCCUGUCCAACAUUGCGAACACGGCCCAAAUCGAACGAACUGGCAACGACGGGUGCCCAAGACAUGGUCGAUGGGAAUGCUGGAAGCAACAACAACUGUAGUAGAGCUGGCAGCUAUAAAAAACGCGAGGAUCUGACUAGCCUCGGUUCGGACGACUCCGGCAUUAUAUGUGGUUCGGAGUCAGACCAAAUAUCUCUAAAUCGCAUAUGCCACUCUCAUGAAUCGCUUGAUUCGGGUGAAAUGGAUGCCGAUGCCGAUGCCGACGCGGAUGCCGAGGAGGAAUGUAUUGAUAUGCUGGACACCACGUCAAUGGAUGAAGACUACAAUCUAAUGGAGUCGGAUCUAUACUUCUUUCCAUCGCAUGCCGUCAACGAAUUCGAUUGCCGUACACUACGACCCUCGCGCAAACAAAAGCAACAAAAGCGAGAGGAGGCCAAGCUGGCAGCUCAACAGGAGCAGCAGGAUCAAGAGCAGAGGGACGCCGUCGAUUUUAUGUGUUAUCGCACAAUGAACGUGUCUCAAGCUACUGUUAAUUCGGCGCUUAGUGGGGCACCCGAUGAGCCACCGAGGGUCGAGCAUGAGGAGGAACACGAUACAUUGCCAACACCACAGACACUGUCCCACAAUAAUAUGUUAGUGGCAGCUGCAGCAGCAACAACGCCCACAGUAACACCAGCAGGAACACCCACACCCGUGGCCACGCCCACUGAGAGUGCCAAGAACGAUCAAGUGCUCUUCAAGAAUUUUUUCGGCGCCACCAAAAAUGCAAUUUUCCGCACCGCUCAAAGUAUAAUUGAGAACCAUGAGAAAAAGAAUGCAGCCAAGCAAAAGACUGGCGAGCUGCAAGACGUCUUAAAGGUCAAGUCCAACGGAACGAAUCCAACGGCACAUAGUGUUGAGCAAAUACCACAGGACCUGGUCAAGUCCCCCACGGACAUCUCCAAAAAGAAAGAGUUCUUUAGUCUGCUCAGCUCCAAUUCCAGCAAGAAAGCCGCUGCUGCCGCUGCUGCAGCAGUGGCUAGUACAACAACCACUCCCACAUCCUCAGCUGAUGUGCUGGCAGAGGCUGGCACAGAUGUGAAGAUGAAGGAACUCACACUGAAUCUGCGGCUGCCGGGCGCAGAAUGUGAAGUCGGUCACGACGUAACGAUGCGUAAGAGCUCCUCUAUCAGUUCGCUGCACCAGCUGAAGAUGCCAGUGCCUGGCGUAGUGAAAUAUUUCAUCAGCGACCGGGCGCCCACUACGGGUCCCCAGCAAAAUUACGAGCGAGGGCCCAGCGGCCUAUUGCGCUUUUUCGAAUCGCCCGUAUUUAAUAUUCACUUUGCUGUGCAUUAUUUGUUCUACUCGAAGGAGCCCGGAGUUUUGAGUUUUAUUGGCAAUAAGAUUUUUAGCUUCCCCAACCAAGAAGUGGAUCUCUAUAUACCGCAGUUGAUAUUAAUGUAUAUUCAAAUGGACGAACUGGCCGAAGUCCUUGACCCGUAUCUCACUAUCCGUUGCCGAAAGUCCGUUGACUUUUCCCUAAAGUGUUUAUGGCUAUUGGAAGCGUAUAACUAUCAAGUGGAUUCGCUGGGGAAUGGCAGUACUAGCCGGAAGUCCAAGCUGGCGCUCAUGAAGGAGAUAUUUCCCAAGAAAGAGAAUAAACAACAAGCCAGACCCGAUAAUAUCCAAAGCCCAGCCGUCGCUCUCGUAAAGAAAACCCAUCAUCGCUCGCAAUCAGAUGCCACUGUGCUGCUCGCCGACUCCCGCACGCUCAGCAUUUCGCAUAAGAUGUACCAACAGCCGCCAUACACCACGCAAACGCUGCCCACAACACCUGCUAAACUCUUUCUCGGUGAUCUGACUUCGGGACUAGCAUUCGACAAUGGUUGCACUUGUUUCGAAACGGUUCGUGGUCAGGUGAACUGUCUGCUAGGACAGCGUACGCUUUGUAAUUGCGGUGCACCCAAGACUGCACCGCAAAAGGAGUUCAUGAAGUCCCUCAUGAAUGUGGGAAAGAAUCUAAUCUCGUUGCCUUCUAAGACCGAAAAGACUUCUGCCCUACGAAUGUUCCUAAAUCUGAUAAAUAAAAAUUUGCCCGCUCGUGUCUGGCUGCCGCUCUACUCGGAUAUUCCACAUCAUGUGGUGCGCAUCACAGAGGAAAAGACUGCAGUGCUAAACUCCAAGGACAAAACGCCGUACAUCAUAUAUGUGGAGGUUGUAGAAGUGCCAGACAUUUACACGUCGCCGCUUAUACCCAAGUUGAUGCCAUCGCUGCGACACACCAAAAGCGAAGAGCAUUUGGAGGGUACCUGUCUGAAUACGCACCAGAGUUGCAGCCGCACCUCCAGCUGUAGCAGCACUCAUCAUGGUUCCAGUUGCCGUCGUAAGAAAGAGACUGAAUCGCAUGCAGAAAAUGGAUGUGGCGAGCCGGCCAAUAGUAAUUGCUGCAGUUGUAACAGCAACCGUUUGCUCUCACUGGGUGGACUUCAGGCCCAUGACGAUGACGUGUGGUCGCAGGAAGAUGAUCAGAUCACCGCACAAUACCUUUACAUGAGCAAGGUUAGUGAACGAGACGCCAUCUCACAGAUGUCAAUGGACUCGUGCGACUCCAGAGAUCAAGGUCCUCCAAUUGUCUUUAAUAUUGGCGAUGUGCGCACUCGACACUGCAACAAUUUAAACUGCGAGAACACAAAGUCGUUCAGCAAUGAUCCAGAGGAUCCAUCUGCGGCAGCAUUAAAGGAGCCUUGGCAUGAAAAGGAGAAACUCAUUCGAGAAUCCUCCCCUUACGGCCAUCUUUCUAGCUGGCGGCUGUUAUCUGCUAUUGUCAAGUGUGGAGACGAUUUGCGACAAGAACUGAUGGCAACGCAGCUAUUGCAGAUGUUUAAGAUCAUCUGGGAGGAGGAGCAUGUUGAUCUAUGGGUGCGGUCAUAUAAAAUCAUAUGCCUCUCGAACGACAGCGGUUUGAUUGAGCCUAUUCUGAACACAGUUUCAUUGCAUCAAAUUAAAAAGAACUCAAACAAAUCCUUGCGCGAUUACUUUAUCGAUGAAUAUGGACCUCCAACUGGGGAACGUUUUCGUCAAGCCCAAAAGAACUUCGUGCAGAGCUGUGCGGCUUAUUGUAUUAUAUCUUAUCUGCUGCAAGUUAAGGACAGACAUAACGGCAAUAUACUCUUUCACGCCGAUGGACAUAUAAUACAUAUAGACUUCGGAUUCAUACUAAGCAUAUCUCCCAAAAAUUUGGGCUUUGAGCAAUCACCAUUUAAACUUACCCAUGAAUUUGUCGAUGUUAUGGGGGGCACCGGAUCUGAGCAUUGGAGAGAAUUUAAUCGUUUGUUGCUCGUCGGCAUGAUGUCUGCGCGCAAGCAUAUGGAUCGCAUUAUAAACUUUGUAGAAAUUAUGCGCAGUAAUGCACAAUUGCCGUGCUUCAAAAAUGGCUGUUCCGGCACAGUACAGAAUCUCCGAAAACGCUUUCAUAUGAAUUUAACUGAACAAGAAAUGGAACGCAAGGUGGAACAGCUUGUGCAGGACUCAUUGAAGAGUCUCUCGACCAAGCUUUACGAUGGGUAUCAAUAUUAUACGAAUGGCAUAUUGUGAGAACGGUUUUUUAUGAAAAUCUAAGCUAAUGAAUUGAUUAAUAAUCUUGUGUUCUAAAAUGCCGAUCUGAUAAACCAAAAGUAUGUUUAAAAAAUUUUAUAUAUAUGUAUAUAAAACCAAACAACUGUUAUUGUAGCCAGAAUCGUUAA